AUGAUCUCCCGCGUACACGGGAUCGUCUUUCUCUCCACGCCCCACAGAGGCUCAUCGCAUGCCAGCUCUCUCAACACCCUCCUUUCUGUCAUGGUUGGGACGUCGAACAAGGUUUACGUGUCGGAGCUGGAGAGCAACUCUACCUCAAUCGAGGAUUUGAAUGAACAAUUUCGAACCGUUUGUGGGCCCCUACGCUUGGUAUCUAUAUACGAGACGCUCCCGACGAGAGUUCCCCCGGGCAUCAAGAAAUUGAUUGUGGGGAAAGACACAGGCGUUCUGAACUAUCCGAAGGAGAUCUCGGGCCCAGCUGAUGCAGACCAUCACACAAUCUGCAAGUACCGCAGCCGAGUGGAUGACAAUUAUAUCUUGUUCAUCACCUUUCUCAAGCAGAUCUCUCGUGACCUCAUGGCUCCUUUUCUCGGCAUUGUCGAAAACCCGGUUGAAGAUGUGCAAAAGUUUGCAAGCCAGGGACUGCAAGGGUCCGGUGAAUGGCUCCGCGAACGGAAGAGCUUUCAGCACUGGCUGAGUGAUCCAACCGGAGAGAAUCGUCUGUUUUGCUUGAGCGGCAUGCCGGGAACAGGCAAGUCGACCUUGGCAGCAAUGACUGUUCGGCAUUUGCAACAAGCCUUUUUGGCCCAGAGCUGCCAAUUUCACUUCUUUCUGGAGUCCCAGCCGACCAAGAAGAGCGUCGCCUACUGCCUCAGGUCCAUUGCCUUCCAGGUCGCAAGCACCCACGACGUCUUCGCUGAGCAGUUGCUUCGCCUGCAUCAGGAUGUUGGCGACGUCCUAUCGUCUCAGAAGCACCAAACAAUCUGGGCGAAGAUUUUCGAAGGCAUCUUGUUCAAGCUUGACGUGGGCUACACGCUGCACUGGGUGAUCGACGCAGUGGACGAAUCGGAGAACCCGCAGGCGUUUCUGAAGUUCUUGUCGCAAAUGCAGUCCUAUUCGUGCAUCAAAAUCAUGCUUCUGAGCCGGCCCAGCAAAGACAUCACAAGUGCUCUGGCGCAGAAGGGCAAGGCGGCAAUAUUCGACACGAUAAGUGUCCGAGAUACAGCGGCCGACAUUCGAGGAUACGUUCGGUCCGUUGUUGCUGAAGCUCUACCGGCGGAAAGCCUCAUCCGGGAAGAAAUCAUCGAGCGCAUUCUCGCCAGAACGGAGGGGUCGUUCCUGUGGGCUCGCCUUGCCCUGGACAGGUUGCACCACGACUGGCACACUUUGGGCGACAUACAAAAAGCGAUGGACGUCAUACCCAAAGACAUGCAGUCGUUGUAUCGGAACAUGCUUCUGUCCAUCAAGAAUCAGGAACCCCGGCUCCAGGACAUAGCACAGAGGAUCUUGACGUGGGCAACUUGCAGCUUCAGGCCCAUGAGAGUGGUGGAGCUCCAAGCCGCACUUGAACCUGAAUUCGGCGGAUUUAUAAGCCUCAAGGACACCAUCGUCCAGGUCUGCGGCCAUUUUGUGCGGGUCGACGGCGACAGUGUGACGUUGAUCCAUGCCACUGCUCGAAGAUUCCUUGUCACGCCCGAUGGAGAGGAGCCGGAGCUUAUUUCGUCACGGGGGGGGCACGAAACGCUGGCAAAGGCAUGCCUGAGGUACCUCUCUGACGAUCGAUGGCGACGCAUCCUGUCGCAGGUUCCCCAGGCCGAUACCGAGCACAAAGACCGACUGUCCGCGGUAUACGAGUCACACCCGCUUCUGAGCUACGCGCUGAACUACUGGGCCUAUCAUGUGAGACACGCCCCAGUCAGCUCUCCAGAACUGCUUCAGCAUCUAAAGCUCUUUUUCGCGAAACAUGUUCUUUGCUGGAUCCAAGCUGUGGCACUCUCGAGGUCGUUACGCACCCUGCCGCUGGCUUCCCAGUACAUCAAGCUUUAUCUCAAGCGGCGCAAGAGAGCACGCCCGUCGUCGCUCGACGCUGCAGAGCCACGUGGAGAGACCUCGGCUCCAGGCGAUAACGAAGUGCAGUUUCUCGAGCGUUGGGCUGUGGACCUCAUCCGACUCCUAGGCAAGUUUGGGAGCAACCUCGCCGAGACACCGUCAUCCAUCUUCAAGCAUAUUCCACCGCUCUGCCCUCGAGAUUCCAUCAUUGCUCAGUUCGGUGCACGGCAGGACAGCGCGCUCAUUCGAGUCGCGGGAAUCUCCUCACGCAACUGGGAUGACAACCUUGCGCGGCUGUCCGUCGGACAAGACCAAACAGCAUCCAAAGUGCGAUGCAGCGGCGUCUACUUCCUCACACUGGUGUCCGCCAGCGGCACCAUCAUCGUCUGGUCUGCCGAGACAUGCGAGGAAUUGCGCCGGCUCGAGCACGGGGAGUGGGUUGUCCUGUUCGAAACUAACGGCACUGGCAGCAUGGUCGUCUCCAGCGGUCGGUUUACUUUCAAGAUUUGGGAUAUCUCGACUGGGAAUCUGCUCCAUUCGUUCAACAAACUUCCUGAAGCUGACCCAAUGCACCUUGCUUUUGGGAAUACCGACACGGAUCUUGUGGUCGCGUAUGACGACUGCUCCAUUGUCCGGUAUGACGCGCAGACUGGCACGGCACUGGCAAGGUUCAGAACCGACAAAUCGGACAAACUCCGCGGCUGCCCCCGCCUUAUGGUGCUGAGCCCUGACCGGACCCAGGUUGUCAUCGCGUUUCGAGGGCGGCCGGUAUUUGUGUGGGAGGCGAAUGUUGAUGCUCCCAACCCUCCCCGGAGAUGCAUCCGCGCCGCCGACGAAAGCAGAUCGGACGAAAAUGAUGUUUACAGUGCCCCUGAAGUUGCAGUUUGGCACCCAGAUGGAGACUCGCUUUUCAUCCUGUACCAGGACACAGUUCUUGUUCACUGGAAUCUCAUCGAGGACGAGCGAGAAGAGUAUGACAACACCGAGGCGCGGGAGAUGGUCAUCAACAGCGACGGAACCUUACUCCUGACCAGCAACAAUAGAGGAGUGUUGUCGGUGUGGGCACUGCCAAAGCUCAACCUUGUGUACAGGCUUCAUGGCAACGAGUUCGUUCGGGAUAUCGCCUUCAGUCCUGAUUCGCAACGCAUCUACGACGUGAGAGACUCCAUCUGCUCUGUGUGGGAACCUGAUGCGCUUGUCAGACCAGAUGACAUCGAUCGCCAUGGCGACAAUCUAAGCAGCACAGCUGACGGGUCCGGGGUCUCGGAAGCAGUGUCAGAGCCAGUAUAUUCACAGGAUAAGAGCGGCAGUGCAAUCACCGCGCUUGCAUAUGAGAGGGGGGGUGAGUUUUACUGUUGUGGGCGGGAAGACGGAACAGUCGCCAUCCACGACAUGCUCAAAGGGAAGAUCUCAAGAAAGGUUUGCACUCAUGGGCCUCACGCGGAUGUGAUCAGCUUGGCGUGGUCUCCCUCCGGAAGGUACCUCGUCAGCGGAGACGACAUGGGCAAGAUCAUUGCAAAGAAGCUGAGGUUGAAAGAGGAUGGGAAAUGGGCAGUAUACCCUGUCUUCGAAGCAUGGAUCGCCGACGACGUUGCCGAUGAGGUUGCCGACCAAUUUCUUUUCAGCCCGGACGAAACUCUGCUGUUGAUAUCAACUCGGUCCCGGGAUCAAAUCUGGGACCUGGCCUCGAGAACGUUAGCGCUAGAAAGAACGAGGUCCGGCGAUCGGAGUGGACAGUGGAUCAACGAUCCCUUUGACGACUCUCGACUAUUGUUUGUCGAACAAAACCGGGUACAUAUCCACAAUUGGCGGGACUUCGAGAAAGAAACAACUCUCGACAUAAUCACGACUGAUCCAACGGACCAGGCGGAAGAAGCAACUCCACGGCCAAGCGAUAUCACCAGUACUGACAAAGUCCAAGCACUGUCAACCACUCACAGCCGCCGCUUUAUUGUCCACCAAACAUCCCCUGAACCUUGGAACAUGCGGUCCAAGACGAAUAGAGGCAGGAACCAGAUCAACCUGCUUCUGGCCGCAGACCUGCAGGGUCCAGCCCCCACGCCCAAAGAGCAAGUCAGACGCAGAUCUCUACCGGAGCUCUCAGCACGGACACAGCUGUUCUUGGGCACUUACCGCGAGAAGAUAAUCUUCAUCGACCAUCAAAACUGGCCACCGAUUAGUGUCAGCAUGACGGUGCGGGUAUCAAACGGACGGAGGCAUUUGCAUGGAUGGACGAGGUCGCUGCGUGAACAAAAGGCUCCUUGCGUGGGCCUCGAAGCGGGAUAG